AUGAAUCCAAGGGGCGGCCGCGGUGGAGGCUGCAGCGCCGGCAGCAGCAGCAGCUCGGCGUCAAUCGCCGCCGCGGGAGGCGGCGGAGGAGGGCUUCCUCGGCCAAUGGAGGGGCUCCACGACGCCGGUCCGCCGCCGUUCCUGACCAAGACUUACGAGAUAGUGGAGGAUUCCAGCACGAACCACAUAGUCUCAUGGAGCAGAGGUAACAACAGCUUUGUGGUUUGGGAUCCGCAGGCUUUCUCCCUCACCCUCCUCCCCAAGUUCUUCAAGCACAACAAUUUCUCCAGCUUCGUCCGCCAGCUCAACACCUAUGGAUUUAGAAAAGUGGAUCCAGACCGAUGGGAAUUCGCCAACGAAGGCUUCCUGAGAGGCCAGAAGCACCUCCUCAAGCACAUCCGGAGAAGAAAAGGUCCUCCUCCACCUCAACAGCUGACUGCGCCGGCCACGCAGCAAGACCCUUCUUGCGUCGAGGUCGGGCGGUUCGGGCUGGACGGCGAGCUGGACCGGCUGCGGCGAGACAAGCAGGUGCUGAUGGCGGAGCUGGUGAAGCUGAGGCAGCAGCAGACCACCACGAGGGCGUGCCUCCAGCUGAUGGAGCAGAGGCUGGGCCGGACCGAGUCGAAGCAGCAGCAGAUGAUGGCGUUCCUGGCGAAAGCGAUGCAGAACCCGGACUUCGUGCAGCAGCUGGUGCGGCAGAAGGACGUGAUGAGGGAGCUGGAGGAGGUUAUCUGCAAGAAGAGGCCGCGGCGGCGGAGGCGAACCAUUGAGCAAGCCGGGCUGGGUGACGUGGAGGAUGUUGGAGGUGGGUUUGUGAAGGUUGAGGCUAGGGAGUUUGGUGGGUUGGGGGAGAUUUCUGAGCUGGAUUCGUUGGCUUUGGAUAUACAAGGGCUGAGCGGUGGAGGUGGAAGAGGGAGGGAGAGGGUGGAGGGAGAUGGUGAUGAAGGGAUUAAUGUUGAUGAUGGUGAUGAGGAAGAAGAGGGGUUUUGGGAGGAUUUGUUGAAUGGUGAAAUUGGGGAAGAGAUGGGUUUGAUGCUAGGUGGUGGUAAUGAAGAUGAUGAUGAGGAGAAUGUAGAUGUGCUUGUGGAGCAAUUGGGUUUCUUGGUUUCUAAUUGA